AUGCCCUUUGCUUGUGGACAACUCUUGCACGCUUUCGUCUUUGACCGCGAAUGCUUCCCUGCAAACUACGGCAGCUUCAUCCUCAAACGCAGUCCCGAAUACGUCCAGCAACGUCCUUCUAUCUAUCCUAUCGACAAGGCCUGGCCUGCCACCUUCGAUAUUGUUGAUGGUCUGGCUGAAAUCUCGCGCCUGCGCUGGCCAGCAUUCGUCUCUCCCAUCCUCUUCCCAGCAGCUAAACAACAUCUUCCUGCAUCCAUCUCGCAUCUAUCGCCCAUCACCGCCCCGGCACACCCUGCCAUCACGAACACUUCUUGCGCUCUCCUACACCCUCACGACCCGUCAUGCAUGCGCACAUAUGUCAAAUACUUCGUCGCCGCUUUCCCCUCCACCGCCCGCUUCUUCACCGUCAUCUACGCUGUCUUCGCCCUCUUGUCUUACAAAUCCUUUAUUCAAAAUCCUAUGCAGCAGCUCAAUCGCCUCGCCGCCAAGAUCUUGCGCAUGUCUCUCUUCAUCACCGGUUCGAUCGGGACAGCAUGGGGAACCAUCUGUCUGUUUGCAACAUAUCUCCCUCGCAACACGCUGGCCACACAACGCUGGUUCCUUAGUGGCUUCCUUAGUGGUCUCUGGGCCUUUGUCGCGAGAAGAGGACAGCGUAGCAGCUUCAUCUACUCUGCACGUAUGAGUCUUGACUCCUUUUGGAAGGUCGGUGUCAAGAGAGGUUGGUGGAAGGGCGUCAAGGGUGGAGAUGUCAUGCUCUUUGCCGCCAGUCUGGCCCUCAUUGAUGUCUUGUACGAGACACAACCUAAGGCCGUCAGAGGUGCUAUGAUCCGCAAAGGUAUGGGGGUGCUGAGAGGUGAGGGUUGGGUCGAUCGUACAACUGCUCAAGAAGAGCAGAAAGAGUCGGCGUCGGAGACUACAGACAAGAAAGAGGAGUAG